AUGGAGUUUAAUGAAGUCAGCUUAUGUGGGUCAAGUUGUGCUGAUAAGAUUCAAACAACACAGAACAACAGUCCAGGUCCUGUGACAGUAGUUAACACGACAGUGUCUGUACAGAUGGGUUCAAAGGCUCUGCUCUGCUGCUUUUCUACUUCACCGACAAAAGCAGUAUUAAUCACAUGGAUAAUAAAGCACAGAGACCUGCCUUCCUGCACAAUGCUAUACAAAGUAGAUACAAAGACCAAUGAAACCAACUGCUUGGGCAGGAACAUCACCUGGGCCUCCACACCUGACCACAGUCCUGAACUUCAGAUCAGUGCAGUGGCCCUCCAGCAUGAGGGGAAUUACUUCUGUGAGAUGGUAACACCUGAAGGGAAUUUUGAAAGAGUCUAUGACCUUCAAGUGCUGGUGCCCCCCGAGGUAACCUACUUUCCAGGGAAAAACAGAUCUGCAGUUUGUGAGGCAAUGGCAGGCAAGCCUGCUGCACAGAUCUCUUGGACUCCAGAUGGGGACUGUGUCACUAAGAGUGAAUCACACAGCAAUGGCACCGUGACUGUCAGGAGCACGUGCCACUGGGAGCAGAACAAUGUGUCUGUUGUGUCCUGUGUUGUCUCUCAUUUGACUGGUAACCGGACUCUGUCCAUAGAACUGAGUAGAGGUGGUUCCACGGCCACCACCGCUUCCUUGCUGACCAUUCUCUAUGUAAAAAUGGUUCUUUUGGGGAUUAUUCUUCUUCAUGUAGGAUUUGUUUUCUUCCAGAAGAGAAAUUUUACCAGAACAUGAAUAUCCAGAUUUCUGGAAGCCUAUUUGUCUGAUGACACAAUACAAGAAAACAGCCAUUUGUAAUCAACUUCUCAUUGGAAUCCAGCUCACCUGUCCCUGCUGUCUUCAUGUUAGACACUCACCUCCAAAUUCUUCACACAGAGGAGCUUACACUUUCUCCAUUUGUGU